AUUCUUCACAAACUCUCAGUGCAACAAUCCCCAGAUUCAUCAUUUCAACGGACAGUCCUUGUGUUCUUGAUCGACCCUCAUCCCCAAUAAUGCCUCCAGCGCCGAAACCUGUAACACGGUCCAAAGCGAAUCAUAAGCGCUCUUUGCAGGCGUGUUUGAUCUGUCGGUCAAGAAAAGUACGAUGCGACGUUUCAGUCCAUGGCCAACCAUGCACGAAUUGCUCUCUAGACGACAAGGAUUGUCAAUUAUCGCGAGCUCCGGCUGUUUGGACCCAGAAGGCUUCCGAAAGGCGAGUACUACGGAAUUCGGUUAAUGUAGCCAACAUCCGAAAUAGCGACGUCGCCUCGAACGCGACUGAGCAAUUGAGUCUCGAUAGCCAUUUAUUGCUACCGCAGUUCACAAGCUCUGAGUCCUCGUUACAUGCAGUGGGAGCUGGUGGGCCAUGGCAAAAUUGGGCCAUGGACUCUCUGGACUUUGCAUCCAUACCCGAGCCUGCCGCAUUCGAUAGCUGGAGCCCCUCCAUGCCCACUGAGAAGCAGCCUCGAUUGGAUCCCGUUGUAAACAUCUUUGAGCAGAGUACAGGGUCACCGAGUGAUAUGGGUAGUACAAAGGAUGGGGUCGUUCUAUACUCCUACUUCCAGUUUCUGACUGUCGGGAACCUUCAUGCUAUUCCCUAUCAAGAUGUCACCUAUCUCGAAGCUCAAGGAUGCUUACAUGUUCCUAACCCUCUGAUCUUGGAUGCUUUUAUGAAGGCGUACUUUACAUACGCCCAUGUAUUUAUCCCUCUUAUUGACGAGGGAGAGUUCUGGGAAAUGUUCUCUCCAGCCGCAAGUAGCUCACAAAGGAGCACGAUGUCACUUCUCGUCCUUCGGGCCAUGCUACUCGCUACCAGUGCUUAUGUUCCUCUUCCUGUCCUGCGCCAACUUGGAUAUCAUGAUAUAUGCUCUGCGAGGGCUGAUCUAUAUCGAAAGGCAAAGCUUCUGUUUGACAUGGAGGCCGAGACAGCUCAUCUGCCACUUGCUCACGCUGCAUUAAUGCUCAUGAACUGGGUUCCUGAAUCACCUACGACCACUGCACCUGUACCGUACAGAACAUGGCUAAGCCUCGCGAUCCAUCAUGCCAAGCUCAUCAAUGCGCACCGUCACGCGGGAAUAUGUGACCUUGGAACAUCGGCAAACGAACCACGGUCAAAAACACUUCGAAGGCUUUGGUGGUGCUGCAUCAUCUGCGACAGAUUAUCAUCUCUCGCUUGCCGCUUCCGUCUUCAGAUCACACCUGAUAUGCUCGACAUGGAAAACUGCGUCCCGCUGGGUUUCGCGGAUCUACAGAGCGAGAUACAUCGAUCCAAUGUUCUCUCGCCUGCGACCAAGCGUCAACUUAUAUCUCUGUUCUCCAAGACCCUGAGCCUGUUGAUGCUAUUAACAGAAAUUAUUCCAAUCGCAUACCCUUUCGAGACACAGCUCGAGUCAAGUCCAGACUUCUCGGUACAGGAAGAGGAGAAAGUCAGAAAGUCUUGUGAUCUUCUUGAGGAGUGGUAUAAUACAGCCAAGUCAGAGUUCCCUCCCUUUCACAAGCCCAUCUCAUCGGAGGGAAGUGAUUCAGCCAGUUCCAUCGCUGUACAUACAAAUCUUAUGUACAUCUAUUACUACACGUCUUGCAUUGCUCUUUGCAAUCGCAGAGUCUUCUCGCAGGUUUCUGGGACAGGCAGCCCCGACUUUCAUCGCGAGGAUUUCCAAGACGGCAACAGAAAUAAUGAGAUUCGCGGAGAUAUCGAAGACUCGGUUCAGAGUCUGUCAAAAUGCAUAGGCUCCUUGACAGGGUCUGGCCUGAUAAAGUAUCUUCCCAUCACAGUUUCGGGCUGCCUUGCGAUCCCCCUCGCGUUGCAUCAUAUGAACACAAGUCUAUCAUGUGAAGACGAGUUAGCCCCGAGCCAUCUCGAAGGUUGGCCUAUUUUUAGUUUCGAUCCUACACAAAGACAGCUUCGAGUCAUACUAGACGCAAGCGACACUUUCUCAGCUCAAUACUAUGGCUCCCAGUGGGUCAAGGAAGCAGCAGAGCACGUCGCCAAUCUAGCCAAAUCGUUCAACAAGCUUUCAUUACAGUCAGGUCAAGAGGCAAUGAAAGACUGGGUCGACAUUCUUGUGAGGCAUCCAGAAGUAUAUCUGGGACUUGCUUGGACUGUGGAUAUGUGCAUCAAUCGGAGGAAGCUACCUGAAAAUCAAGACUUCCCUUUAUGUCUUCGCAACGAUGUAGAGAGGCUUAACGCAGCCCCUGAGAAGGUAGACCAUGGGACGUUAGACUCUCAGUCUUUGGAUGGACAGAAGGACAUUCAGCUGACGCAGUCACUAGAUUAUCUUUUAGGUAUUCAGGAACCCAUGAUUGGCGUUCUGUAGGACAUCACGAUGCAAUCUUUAAAAAAAAAUCGAUCAUCAGUUAUUAAACCUUGUGUAUUUCUCAACCAGAGGGAAUUCAUUCGCCUGCCUGUUUCUUUCUCCUAUUCGGCCUUCAUAGCAAACGGGCACCCAGGGCCACUCCACUCAGAUCUGAUAUACUGGCAAUACGCUUGAUCACUCCCCCUGA